AUGUCUCUGCAGCUGCAGCAGCAGCAGCAGCAGCAGCAGCGCGGGCCCGGAGUGUACGUACACCUGCCGCUGCAGCAGCAAAUCCAGACUGUGGGGCCCCACAAAGAAGACCCUAGCAGCAGCGAAAGCUGCUGCGGGGGCCCCCCGGGGGGCCCCCAGGGGGGGCCUCUUGGGGGCCCCCAGGGGGGCCCCCAAGGGGGGCCCCCGGGGGGCCCCCCGGGGGGCCCCCCGAGAGCAGCAAAGGGCCUUGAAGAGCAGCUGCAGUGGCUGCAGCAGCAGCUGCAGCAGGAGCCCCCGAAGUUGGAAACCCUAAACCCUAAUUUAGGGGUAAACCCUAAUUUGCUGCUGCCGCCUUUGGUGCUGCUCGAGGGUUUAGAGUUUGGAGCGCUGCAGCAAACAGCAGCAGCAGCAACAGCAGCAGCAGCAGCAGCAGCAGCAGCGCCGCCAAUUUCCCUGAAACCGCGAGGGCAGCAGCUCCUGGGGCCCCUGGCAGCCCAGCAGCAGCAGCAGCAGCAGCAGCAGCAGCAGCAGCAGCAGCAGCAGCAGCAGCAGCAGCAGCAGCAGAGCCAGAAAGCGGUGAUCGACGCGGUCUUGAGUGCGCGGGACGUGUUUGUUAUAAUGCCCACGGGCGGCGGGAAAAGCCUUUGCUUCCAAUUGCCUGCAGUGCUGCAGCAGGGUUUGACAGCAGUGGUGAUGCCUCUGUUGUCUUUGAUGCAGGAUCAAAUGGCUCAGCUGCAGGAGUUGGGCAUUGAGUGCAGAGCCUUCACUUCAAACCAGACUUGGGAGGAGCAGCGGCAGGUCUACGAUGACCUAAGUAGCAAGGGUUUGUGCGUGCCGCUGCUGUUCCUGACUCCUGAGUCUUCUCUGUCUGGUGUGCUAAAGCUGAGAUUCUACGCUGCGCUGCGAGGGUUUGAGCGUGCCGCUGCUGUUCCUGACUCCUGA